ACAUUCUAGGGUAAGGCUAGAGGGUAACUUUCAAAUAAACAGGCCGGAGAGGGCAAGUUUAGACUUGACAUUGCGUCAUGUUAUUCAACACGAAAUAUUCUCCUAUGAUGUGCUCCGCUCCCGGCUCCCCGUAUAAAAAGACCAUCUAUCCCUGCUACUCCGGCAGUUCAAAUUCUCUCUCGCAUAACAGGGCAUCAACCCCUCUGUGUAGUAAAAUUUUUCUACAGUCCACACAAUAUCCAAUUUUCAUAAAAUUCUAUAAACUUUGUAUUUACAUUUGAAAUUUACCAAUUGUACAACCUGAAACAUUGAAUCAAGAUGUUGUCGAUUUCUUUUGUGACUCUCUUGCUGAUCGCAAUCAAUUAUUACGGCAAAGAGACAUUGAGCGCUCCCAUGCCUGAUCAUGAUAAUGAUCUGAUUGACGAUACACUCAUCAAGUUUGAAAGCAGCAAUGAUCCGAUUGGAGAAAUACCUGGCGAAGCACUCAGCCCGGCGGAUUUCCAAAAUGCAGAGUUGUUGGUUUUGGAGCCGCUUUCCCAACUGGCUGACGUUAGUUCCAGGAUGGGUGGUCAAAAUGGCCUUUUUGAGGGCGACAUUGUCGGUGUCUUGAACCGAGAAACGGCUGCCGUAAGAGGACGACAAAAACUUGGGACAAAGAUGCACAAUGCUGUCGUCGACGUGACCCUCACUUGGCCAUCUGGCACCAUUCCUUACGUUCUUUCAGCCUCUUUCGGAAGGUACGAGCGGAGCGUAAUCGCCAAGGCCAUUCUAGAAUUUCACAACCAGACGUGCAUCCGUUUCGUACCUCGCACCAACCAGGAUGACUACCUCAACAUUCAGUCUGGAAAUGGAUGUAGCAGCAACGUCGGUCGUGCAGGAGGAGAACAGCAAGUCUCCUUGGGCAUGGGAUGUAUUUACGUCGGCAUCGUUAUGCACGAAUUAAUGCACGCAGUCGGUUUCUGGCACGAGCAAAGCCGUACAGAUCGUGACGAUUACGUCACAAUCCACUGGAGAAAUAUUAUCCAAGGGAUGGCUUUCAAUUUCCAGAAACACGACCAAGGCCGGAUCCAAUACUUGGGCCAAUCCUACGAUACAGGUUCUAUUAUGCACUACGACGCUUACGCUUUCGCCAAAGACCGACGCUAUCCGACAAUUACGUCCAAAAAGAACGAUGGCCAACAACUUGGACAGCGAGAAGGCUUCAGCAAUUCGGACGUCUUAAAGUUGAACCGGUUGUACCAAUGUGAAACGAAUUCGACUUCGUCGACCAUUCCACCUCUUGUCACUACGAAGGACUCACCUCUGGAAAACGCGACGGCCAAAAGUGGAUGUCUGGACGAACAUAAAUAUUGCAACAUCUGGGCGAAGAGAGGGGAAUGCGAGAGAAACUCUUGGAUGACGAGCCACUGUCGACCAUCUUGUAAUCAAUGUGAUGGCGAAUGUGCCAACUUGAACGACAACUGCAUCCGAUGGGCUAAAGGAGGGGAGUGCCAGAAGAAUGAGGAGUACAUGAAGAUUUACUGCCAAAAGUCUUGCCUUUUCUGUAACGAUGCAGCAGCAGCAGCUGCGACUUCUGCAAAUUCGGAAUGCGUCGACGACGAUCACUACUGUCCCGUUUGGGCGACCGAGGGAACUUGCAAGGCCAACCCGGGAUUCAUGCUUCUACACUGCAGGAAGUCAUGUGGUGAAUGUUAACACACACAAGAAACUUUCCUAAAAAGGACUCGACUGCGACGAUCAAGUCGAUGACAUUUUCUACCUUUUCCCUAUCAAAAGUAUCAAUGCUGCUCAACGUAUCGCGCCGUGCCACCACACCCACACCAGUUUGAUUUAGCUAUUCAACUUUUACUGUAUUCGAUUAUUGUACUCAAUAUAUUUUCGCA